CUAUAAAGAGAGAAUAUUCAUCCAGCGGUAAGGUAGUCGCUGCUCAGUCUUAUUCUUCCUUCUCCGUCUCUUCCCUUUCUGGUUUUUUCUCGGAAACCAAACACUCCCGUCGCCCGCCACCCUAACUGCAAUCCAAUAGCCUCCGAAAAAAUGACGGCAGCGGCGCCCGUAGUUCCCGACAACCUCACCAGAGACCAGUACGUUUACCUGGCCAAGCUCGCCGAGCAAGCGGAGCGCUAUGAAGAAAUGGUCCAGUUCAUGGAGAAGCUCGUUCUCGCCUCUACUCCCGCGGCCGAACUCACCGUCGAGGAGCGGAACCUACUCUCCGUCGCCUACAAGAACGUCAUCGGCUCUCUUCGCGCGGCCUGGAGAAUCGUCUCCUCGAUCGAGCAGAAGGAGGAAGGCAGGAAGAACGAGGAGCAUGUGGUGCUCGUCAAAGAUUACAGAUCUAAGGUGGAGAACGAGCUCUCCGAUGUCUGCGCUAGCAUUUUGAACUUGCUUGACUCGAAUCUGGUACCGUCCGCUGCCUCCAGCGAAUCCAAGGUGUUUUACUUGAAGAUGAAGGGCGAUUACCAUAGGUAUAUGGCCGAGUUCAAGGUUGGUGAUGAGAGGAAGACAGCUGCUGAAGAUACUAUGCUUGCUUAUAAGGCUGCUCAGGAUAUUGCUGCUGCGGAUCUUGCCCCAACACAUCCUAUUAGGUUGGGUCUGGCACUCAAUUUCUCUGUGUUCUACUUCGAGAUUCUCAACCAGUCUGACAAAGCUUGCAGUAUGGCUAAACAGGCUUUUGAGGAAGCCAUUGCUGAAAUAGACACAUUGGGUGAAGAAUCGUACAAAGACAGCACUUUGAUCAUGCAGCUUCUAAGGGACAACCUCACUCUGUGGACAUCAGAUGUGCAGGUGAGUAGCGUAUAUUUAUCUCUUUUCGAGUGUUCGUUAACAUGGAAAUCCCAUCCUUCAAAAUCCGACUCCAAAACCUGCUUUUUCACUUGCUGCAGGAACAAUUGGAUGAGCCCUAGAGAUGGCCGGCAGGGAAUCAACUUGGGGGGAACAGUCCUAGUCUUCUUUUGUGAAGAAGGAGGUGGGCUUUGAAUGUCAUGUUAUUCGGUGGUCCUUGAUUAUGACCUGAAAAGUUGUGUUUAGUUUGAUGGAGAAACCUUUUGCAUAAAAAAAACACCCUAUGGACGAGAUGCUGAUUUUUCAUGUAUUUGAAGACCUAAAACUGGCUUUUGAAUUGCAGUCAAAGUCCAAGGAGGAAGUGUUAGCUGUAUGAUCAUGUGCCUUCCUUUUUGCUUAUUAUGCUUUGGCGUUAUGUUCCUUUUACUAGAUUCUUCUCUAGCAUGGGAGAUAUAGUUCAUCAGUCCAGCUGGACAUGAUUGGUUGUUUCAUACCUUCCUAGUGGACGCCAUUAUCUACUGAUAGGUGAUUUUACGAAGAGGAAAGAGUUUGUGG